AUGGGAGGCAGUGGAAAGAAAUGCUUUCCAGUGCUUUUCGAGACAGCCAAGUCUCCAUUUAUAAGCACAACCCUCGCCGGCUCUAUUGCCUGCCAUCCCCCUCCCGCCAUCCGCACUCACAAUUGCCACGCUCAUCAACUUGUCCAACAUAAUCCGAGAAAUACCAGAGGUCAAAUACAUUUGCGACUUUUUAAGGCCGCUACCAUCAUGAAUCCCACAGGAGGUAUUUCGAAGGGCAAACCCAGCCCGAGCAAGGCACCUAAGAAGUCCGAUUCCAAGAAGGGUCAAGGUGAGAAGAAGGAUUCUAAAGAUGACUCAGAGGGAUUUCGGCUCCACAUUGACAUCCCCCCCGUGCCUCCUGAGUAUGGACCGCAAUACACCAGUUGAUCGAAUUCGUCAAUGGGACCCGCAACACCGACGACAGAACACGAAUACUGUACAAUGAAACUACUUUAGAACAUAGUAGAAAGGUAUAACUGCCGACUACUUGUAGCUCUCCUUAAGAAGGCUGCCGCGGAGCUCACCGGCUAGCCGAAGUUACUCGCAAAGUGACCGCGUUUCCUGAUCAGUAAAAAAAAAAGCUUACGCCCUUCGUGCGACUGGUGUCACUCGCUGUGGUUCAGACUCUCGUU